AUGUCUCUACUACCAAGAAAACCAACCACCGCCGAGAUAGCGGGCAUGUCGCUCACCCGCGACCAAGCCAAAAUCCUAGUCGAAACUUGCAUAUUCCUCGCCCACAUCCUGAAGAAGCAGCAAGCCGACAUCAACGUCUUAUCCGGACUCUCUGCCCACCCUUUAUACAAAGCGCUACCCAGGAUCCAAGACCGCCAAUCGGAAAUUCAGUACCAGCUCACGAAUCUGGUGUACCGCGUCAGGAAGUCGACGGAGCCGUGGCUGAAGGAGUUUGAUGAUGCAAAAGAGGCAUUGUGGAAGAAAGUAAGGAAGUGCAAUCAUGCCUCUGACCGAAUCAAGAUGGGGUGGAAGAAUGCUGCGAAGCGGUAUUGGCCUCUGAUGCUUGAUACUUUCAAGCUGCUCGCCGCGCUGUUGGCGAGGUUGAAGAAGGAACUCGACCACGCGCUCUUCAGCGAGAAGACAUGGGCCGUGGUGGCCAAAACAGCCAUGAAGAGGCUCUCUUUUAGCAGUCCGAGGACAUCGAGUACGGCGGUACCACAGGCGGAUUCCAAGACGAAGAUGAUUGCGUUUACAAAGGGCGUUCGGGUACGUCAUACUUUCCAGAGUGAGGUUGAAGGAGGCGGUAGUGUGCAAAAGUUUCAAGAGUACACUACUACGCUGACAUCCGAUCGGAAGCGGACAGCGGGAAGGUUCAAGAGCAGAAUAAUACACUGCCGCUAUGGGCGACAGGGGCUAGAGGAACAGGAGGAUAGAAAGGAGGAUAAUGAUAGUCAUGUCGAGGUAGUGAUGCGCGAGGGCCGCGAUCCUGUCCCGCUGUUAUUUUCCGGCGCUGGACGAUACCAUAUGUAG